GUUCAUGUUGAGACCCGGUGCAAUACCUUCAUAUAUAAAUAGGCUAGCUGACGAUCAGUACCCAUAACAAACCAGACACCUGAACAUGAGUGCUCGAGCCAAAGCUCAGAAAAGGAAGGCAGCCGAAGAAAGUGUGUUAAAGGCUAAGCGUGCUAAAGGGGAAACCGACCUUUGCGAUAAUUUGAAAUGGUCCCAAGAAGGCGAAGUGAUGAGAGGGGUGUGUCCGUUGCUGAAGCUGACAUCAAGCACACUUCCGGGUUCAAAGAAAAUAGUCGGAUUUGACAUUGACUUUACGGUUAUCAAAACUGCCAGUGGCAGGACGUUUGCUACAGGUGCCAGUGACUGGGUAUGGUGGGAUGAAUGUGUUCCCCAGAAGAUCCGUGACUAUCACAAUGAUGGCUAUAGGAUUGUUUUCUUCACCAACCAGGCGGGCAUUGAGAAGCUCAAAGUUACACCAGAGGAAUUCAUGAAAAAAGCUGAGGCCAUCGUUGGAGAAAUUGGAAUUCCAAUAUUGGUAUUUGCUUGCACUGGUACAAAUCAUUUCAGGAAACCAAGUACUGUGAUGUGGACACAUUUUGUGGAAAAGUGUAAUGGCGGUAUCAAGCCAGAUCUCUCUCAGUGUCGCUAUGUUGGUGAUGCAGCUGGACGAGCUGCUGAAUGGUCACCUGGAAAGAAAAAAGAUUUCUCCUGUAGUGACCGCAUGUUUGCAGCCAACAUUGGAAUCGAUUUUCAAACUCCCGAGGAGUUCUUUCUGGGAGAAAAAGCAGUGCCUUUCAAAUGGGGAAACUUCGAUCCAAAUGAUAUUCUUUCUACUGGCCAGAAAGCAAAGAAAAAGGUGUACCACAGUGAUAAACAGGAAGUGGUCGUGAUGGCUGGCUGCCCUGCGUCAGGGAAGAGUACCUUUAGACGGAGAUACCUGGAGCCCCAUGGCUAUGUGGCUAUCAACAGGGACACAAUGGGAACUAAGGCCAAAUGUCUCAAGGCUGCUAAGUCUGCUCUAGUCUCUGGGAGCAGCAUUGUUGCAGAUAAUACGAAUCCAUCACGUGAAGCAAGAAGUGACUACAUCAAUUUAGCAAAGUCACAAAAAAUUCCUUGUCGGUGCUUCUGGAUGAAAACAAAACGAGAAAUGGCAGAACAUCUGAACUAUGUACGCCAGAACCAGACAAACGGGAAGGUGAGAAGGAUACCCGAUGUUGGAUACAAUGUUUUCUACAAGCAGUUUGAACCUCCAACUAAAGCAGAGGGUUUCUCAGAGAUCACAGAGAUAGAUUUUGUACCUGAUUUUGAAAAUAAACGUGAUGAGAACCUGUUUAGACAAUGGACCACUGGUGGCCAUUAGAUACCAUAUCACAGACAUUGUAUUAUACAUUCCAGUCGGAAUUUUGCGUUGUGUUCACUUCUGCUCCAGCAGAAAUUUUUAUAUAAACUUCAAGGCCAGCCUGUGACAACCUAGAGAAUUGUUUUAUAUCUCGGACAAGCUAGUAUUUCUGAGUUUUUAAGUGUGACCAAUUGAUCAGGUCUCCCUUGUUGUUGAUGCCUGGUUUCACAGUACAGUACUGUAUAUUGAUUAUAUUAAAAAUUGUACUCAGUA